GUUGAGCUUCAGCAAGUCCAGCGCCGAGCGGCCAGGAAGAACCAGUACCCUAGCCGCCGCCUCCUGACCUUCGAGUUCGUCGGCGCUAUUCUCCUUCCCCUUUCUGCCGUUCGUCCGAACGUAUCCUUCUGAACUGGAAAGUAAAGAUUUCGCCGGCGCCAGAUUCCCGCGAUUGCCGACGGCCAUCUCUGUCUUUCCCGCCUCCGCUGUUCCCUGUCCCGGUUAUCGCGGGCAGAGAUAAAAAGAUGAGAAAUUUGCAACUGGAUAGUAAGAGGAUGAAGAGCAAGAAAAAGAGACGUGAGAAUGAUGUAGAUGUCGAAGUUAAGAACGAAGAAAAGAUUCGUGAAAGGAAUCCAGGGGAUGGGAAGAAGAAGAGAAGAAGGGAAACGAAGAACAAUGGUGAAUCUGGUGAAUUGGUGACAGUCAGUGAAGCAAACAGUUUGGUUGAAGCAGAGACGGUGAAGAAGAUGAAGAAACAAAGAAAGGAGAUUGUGGCGAAGAUUGCUCCAGUCGAAGAGUCCGAUCAGGUUGAUGAUGGCUCUGCCAGGCAAAGUGGUAAAUCAAUGAAAUCCAAGAAAGACAAGAAGAAAAACAAGAUUAAGGUGGAGGUUGCAUUAGAAGGAGUUGGCAUGCAGAGGAAAACAGAAAAACAGGAGGAGGAUGUCUACUGCCUGUCAUCAGGCGAUGAAGACUGCUCAAAAGGGAUGAAAAAAUGGCUUACAGAGUACAAUGAAAGUAGACCAGGUUUGAGGGCAUUGCAACAACGAAUAGAUGACUUCAUAAUUUCUCAUGAAGAAAAGCUCGAAGAGGAAAAAAGAGAAAGAGAAGCUCAAGCUGCAGAUGGUGGUUGGACAGUUGUUGUACAUCAGAGAGGAAGGAAAAAGACGACGGAUCCUGAAAGCGGGAUUGUUGUGGGCUCCGCCGUUCCAGUUGCAAAAGUCGAUGACAUCACAACCAAGAAGAAACGCAAAGAGAUAGGGGUAGAUUUUUAUCGGUUUCAGAAGAGAGAAGCUCAUAUGAAUGAAAUCUUGCAACUCCAAAGCAAAUUUGAGGAGGACAAGAAGCGGAUUCAGCAACUCAGGGCUGCAAGAAAGUUCCGACCAUACUGAGUUUGCUUGAUCCUUGGAGGAUCUAAGGACAGUGAUUGUGAUUGCUGAAUUGAGACACCUAUCCACUUUGGUUUCGCCAUACUGAAUUGGCUUGAUUUGAACUUGGAUGGGUCGAUUAUACUUGGACUUGGCGAGGUUUACUUCAAGGAGAAAAACUCAAAUCUCUAUUUCUAUUAUUUGGUUAUGAUUGUAAUGUUAGUUGCUCUUGGAAUGAAUAGCACUCUUGACUUCUCUUUCAACUCUCUCACGGGAACACUAACAUUGCCAUCAACUGUCUUGAUUUUCUCUAAUUUUGACUACCAUUAAAAGAAAAUAGCUACCACUAACUAGGAGUCUCUAUUUUCAUAUUAUACAUUCUCUUCAUUUUUAUUUAGAUGGUACCAUUCUUUUAUAUCUCAUAUAAAUUAGAGAUAAAUAUAUUUUAGUUUUUUGUAAUUACAUUUUAGAAGGUAACAACUAGCUGAAAUUUGUACUUGAGUGAGAACUAACUUGAUUGGACUAACGCUUAACAAGAGCAAAUAUGUAUACGGAUGGUACUUCACUCUCCCCAUCUUCGAAGUUGAAUUUAUAAUUAUGAAGAAAAACAACAAAAGGAAAUAAAAACUUGUUCUUCUUUACACGGGUUGAACCUAACAUAUAGAAUACAUGAACAAGAAGCCAACAUAAUUUGCAUGAAAUUAUAAUAAUAAGAAGAAACAUAAUUUGCAUGCUCCUAUAAGUACAUGUGAUUCUUGUAUCUCUUCUUUAUAUAAGAGGAUUGUCUUAUCGUCGCUCAAUAAUCAGUUUUUUAUUGAGAUAUUGGAAGACAUUAAAAUAUUUUAAUGAUUUACCUUUUUUAUGAUAAAAAUCCAUUCAUUUCAAUCAUUUUAGAAUGAGAAAUACGAAAAUCCAAUCUACUAGGAUGAGUCUCUCUACCAUGUACAAUCAGAGAAGGCUCAAAAGAUGAAUUAUGUAUGAUAUCUAGAUAGUCGUUGAUGACAUAUUGAGCGGGAUGGUUUCUAAAUAUAAAGGAACAUAAUUUGAAAUGAAUUUACAAGUUUCUUAAGGAAGGAUGAAAGAAUUAGAAAUCAAUUUCUCCCAUCACCCGUCGCUUUGUCAUUAUGAGAACAUAUUACAAAAUUAGUAUUCCACAUCAAACUUGUUAUAUUUAGUUUUCCCCCUCUUUUUUCUAAUGAACUUUAUUUUGCUCCCAUUUUAUUAAAAAAAAUAAGUUUCACAUUUUUAAAAAAAUGUAUGUUGUAAUUAAUAAGUAAUUAAUAAUUUAGAAUGUUAAUUAUAACUCCCCUCCUUCCACUAAUUGUACCUCUCAAAAUCGUCCUGCAUUUUAAUUUCCCCUUCCCUCACAAAGGCUUCUUUUCUUCUUCUACUGAUUGUACCUCUUAAAAUCGUCAUGCAUUUCAAACUUUAAUGGAGACCUUGUCAUGGUGAUAUUGUAAAUUCUCACAAACCCCUCAUUUCUUCGUUUCAAGUUGGAAUGAUCAAUUCUCCAACUUUAUUCUUUGCGUUUUUGUCGUUCAAUUUUUAUAAUGAUUCACUCUUCUGGAAAAUAGUAUACUUGCUACUUGUAUUCUUAGGGUGUUAUCAUUCUCAACUUUUUAUAGUGCCUUGUUUUUCAUAUAAAGAUUGGAUCAUCAACAAAGAACGAAAUUGGAA